GUUAUUUUGUUGGGCUCGAUCCUUCUUGCAAUUGCUCACUUCAGUAGCGUAACAAGUAGCGACAGAAUAUAUAAACGCAACAAGAAGCUUCUGGUUUUAGUAUCAACUCGAGGCACCCAUUAUCACCAACUAUGCCAUCAUUCCAAGCGAAUCUCUACACCACCUUCGCCCUCACCACUCUCCUCAUCCGUAUUCUCGGCACCCUCAUCUACUACCUCACCCGCUUCACGCGGCCCCAUGAAGCAUGGACCUAGUCAUCGGUGUGAGGCUCUACUCCCUAGGGUUGAACUACCUAACAGCAAUUGAAUACGGCGUCCUCAAAACCCUUACCCCAGGCCGUGAAGGCGACCGCUUCAUAAUCGUCAGCCCACCAGACACCGCCACGUCCGACCAACUAGCACUCCAUUACUUCCGCAGCAGCAUCCUCACCAGCGUUUCAUCCAUCCGUCCCGUCCCUAUCGGCGCAGUAUGGCACCCUGCCCUCCCCUCUUCCAAACCAGCUCGAGUAGUCCUUCACUUCCACGGCGGCGCGUACGUCGUCGGCGGUGUCCGCCUCAACAUAAACGGCUGGAGCCCUAGUAUACUCAGCGAUGUGAUGAAAUCUCACGUCAUGCUGCCGCAGUAUCGCCUCUCCAUGGAAGAAAAUGCCUCGUUUCCUGCUGCCCUGAAAGAUGGGAUCACGGCUUAUGUGUAUCUUCUCGAGAAUCUGGAUUUAGAGCCUCAGAAUAUAAUCCUGUCCGGUGAUUUGGCGGGCGGGAAUCUUGUCCUCUCCAUGAUUAGAUAUUUGGUCGAGAAGAAAAAAGGAACGGAGGCGUUAGCAUUGCCUGCGGCUGCGUUGUUAUGGAGUCCGUGGUUGGAUUUAACAGAGAAUGGGCCGCGGAAGGUUGAUCAGCAUCCGCGUCGAUGGGUUGAUUAUCUUUUGGGGAUUUGCUAGAGUGGGGUAUCAGGCGGGUAACGCCUAUGGGUUGGAAGAGGGGACAUCGUUUUCUGAGUCCCCUUGGGGAUGGGUUUAGGACUUUGGAAAUGCCGAUUUUCCUGCAGGCGGGGACGGAGGAAGUUUUCUUUGAAGAUCAGGUGGCAUUUGUGGAGGAGAUGAGGGCGUUGCGGAAUGAUAUUGAGUUUUGUGAGGUGAAUGAUGCACCGCAUGAUAUUUUUAUGGCAGGGAAUGUUGAGAUUCGAGAAGGAGGCGGAGGAUGCGAUGGAGAGGGCCAGGACGUAUGUGAACAAGAGAGUGGGCUGGUUUGGUUGUUUCGAUGCUGUAGAGAUGGUAUGUACAUGAAUUUGUGGUAUGGGCUAUUUCCCGGACUGGAAUUGGCUAUUGAAUGCCACUGAACGGUGAUCUAUGGGUAUCUCGGGUU